CACCUGUGGCGGAGUAAAUCAUUGCCAGUGAACCGCUCCACCUAAAUGGCCGGUAAUAUUGUGGUAAUUAUCGCCGCGUUGGGCGUCGCUGUAGCGCAAGAUUAUUUCGAUGAUCGAUACAAAUAUAAAAUUGAUACUGCACACUCGAUAGAUAUACCUAAAAAUUUCGAGGCCAUUGGACCCGACGCACUCAAGACUAUAUCCAAAUAUGUAAGCGAUAUACAAAAAACUGCAGAAUUGACCAACUCCCUAGCCAAAUUCGAUGUGCAAGUGUCUAUGGAGAAGAAACGUAAGUCAAAACAUGGCUACCUGAAGCCAACGAAGUCCAAGAAGUUUAAGGUGCCAUUGAAGAAGAAAAACUUGAGGCUCUCCAGCUUCGAGAUAGACUUAAGGAAGUAUGCGAGCGAGAAUAUCGAGAAGAAGAUGGCAGAACUAGAAAAAGCUUACUCUAACGCUACGACGGAGAAGAAAGUGAUCUUGCAAGUGACGAAGAAGAACAAAGUCGGGAAAUUCAGACCGUAUCUCACCGCUGUUAAGCCAAAAUACCAUAAAAAUGUGAAGCCUGUACCGAACAAAGAGAUUGUAUUAAAUUAAUUUAAAUAAUACUGCAGUGACAUAAUAUUAUAGCUAAAGUAAGAAAUAAUUUGAAACUAAGUGUACAUAAUUCGUUAA